GCGCCGGCCUCGUGCAGCGCCGGUCGCCACGGAUGGCUCGCGACAGGUAACGCGGCAUGCGGCCCGCGCUCGCCGCGAUCGCGGCCUGCUGCGUGGCGGCACGCGCCGAGCCCCCCUCGCGCCUCGCACCCCUCAACACCACCCCCCAGCACGUUCUCCAGUGCUCCGAUGGCCUCGUGCUGCCCGCCUGGAGGCCUCUCGAAGAUGUCCCCACUUACCAAAUCGCGAUACGCGGCUUCGUCUACUUUCUUGCGCUCAUGUACCUCUUCAUUGGGGUGUCUAUUGUCUCUGAUCGGUUUAUGGCCGCCAUAGAAGUUAUCACGUCCAGAGAAAAAGAGGUGCGCGUGCGGCGCAACGGCAGUGAACAGAUCAUAGUUGUUCGAGUCUGGAAUGAGACCGUUGCCAAUUUGACGUUGAUGGCUCUCGGAUCGAGUGCACCUGAGAUACUCUUAUCGGUAAUCGAGAUAGCCGGAAAGAAUUUCGAAGCCGGGGAUUUGGGCCCCGGAACCAUCGUGGGUUCCGCUGCCUAUAAUCUUUUUGUCAUAAUCGCCAUCUGCGUUGUGGUGAUCCCGGAUGGGGAAGUGCGCAAGAUAAAACAUCUUCGAGUAUUCUUAGUGACCGCAACUUGGUCGAUAUUCGCCUAUGUAUGGCUAUAUAUGAUUUUGGCGGUUAUAUCACCAAGUGAAGUCGAAGUAUGGGAGGGUGCAGUCACUUUCUUGUUCUUCCCGGCGACUGUAAUGACAGCUUAUAUUGCUGAUCGUCGCCUGCUCGUCUAUAAAUAUCUCAAGAAAGGCUACAGAGUGAACGAGAGAGGCGUCAUAGUUGAAGCCGAGGGUGACGGUUCUGUGGAGAUGGCGCUGAAGCCUGGCGGAGACGAUUUUCUUUCCGAUGACGACGAAGGCCGAGAACUAGAGAAGUCACGGAAAGAAUACGUAUCCGUUCUCCGCGAACUGAGAAGACAGCAUCCAGACGAAGACUUAGAAACCGUUGAGAGAAUGGCUUUGGAAACGCUAAUGGCUAGUGGUCCUAAAUCACGAGCGUUCUACAGAGUUGCGGCGACUCGUAAAAUGACCGGUGGCGGUGAUUUUUCGCGGAAAAUCUCCGAGAGAGCCCAGAGCGAUUUGAGCGAGGUAAAAGCGGAGUUACAGAGACGAGAUUCUGGUUCGGCGUCAAUUGAGCCGCGCGGUCCAAACGUUCGUUUCGAUCCUGACCACUACACCGUCAUGGAGAACUGCGGCUCGUUCGAAGUUCGAGUUGUAAGGGCUGGAGACCUUAACGGUGACGUCACUGUUCAGUACACCACCGAAGACGGGACCGCUGAAGCUGGCUCAGAUUAUGUGACCGCUCAAGGAUUAUUGCAUUUCAAACACGGAGAAACGGAGAAGACGUUUAGAGUUCAAGUCAUUGAUGAUGAUGUUUUUGAGGAAGAUGAGCAUUUUUACGUUCGCCUGUCGUCGCCAAAGGGCGCUUCCUUGGCUUCUCCGUCUACCGCUACAGUAGUGAUACUCGACGAUGACCACUCCGGUGUAUUUUCGUUCCCUCAACGCGAUUUCGAGCUGACAGAGUCCGUUGGGACAUAUGAUCUGAAGGUGGUUAGGACGGCUGGCGCACGCGGGAAGGUCAGGAUUCCUUACUGGACCGAGGACGGCACAGCUAAGGGAGGCGCUCAGUACGAGAUUGCACAAGGCCACAUCUUCUUCGAAAACAACGAGACCGAAAAAUACAUUCCGCUGCAUAUAAUAGAAGAGGACAGCUACGAGAAAGAUGUUCUAUUUUACGUGAACCUCGGAAACCCUGAGUUACUUGGAGACUUUUAUGACGCAUAUCUACCCGAUGAUUCCACUUCAUUGUCCGUACAAUAUUCGGAAGAUAACGAUGAUUCGAAUACUGGUACCGAAGCCAACCAUCUCGCAACGCUGCCGGAAGAGGAAGCAGUAGUCGCCAUGAUGGGACUCCCUAAAGCCGGGGAAAUCACACGAGCGCAGCUUAGGAUCAAGGAGAGCAAAGAAUUUAAGAACACAGUAGACAAAUUGGUGCAAAGAGCGAACGCGUCUAUAAUCAUAGGAACGUCUUCAUGGAAGGAGCAAUUCGCGGAAGCCUUAACCGCCAAUUCAGGUUCAGACGACCCAGACGAGCCUCCUUCGUGCUUUGACUACGUUCUCCACGUGGUCACUUUGUUCUGGAAAAUCAUAUUCGCUUUGAUACCACCGACAGACAUCGGCGGUGGCUACGUCUGCUUUGUGGUUUCGAUAAUUUGCAUCGGCCUGGUGACGGCUGUGAUUGGAGAUGUCGCGUCACACUUCGGCUGUACUCUUGGCAUCAAGGAUUCUGUCACAGCCAUCGUAUUUGUGGCUUUGGGCACGAGUAUUCCUGACACGUUUGCGAGUAAAGUGGCCGCUAUCCAAGAUAAGCACGCGGAUGCUUCUGUUGGCAACGUGACCGGCUCUAAUGCUGUGAACGUAUUCCUUGGUAUCGGCGUCGCGUGGACGGUGGCCGCCAUCUUCCACUGGAGUAAGAACGAGAAGUUCCACGUGGACCCUGGGAACCUAGCCUUCAGCGUCACGAUGUUCUGUUCGGAAGCCGCUCUAGCCGUCCUUGUCCUGGUGCUGAGAAGACGUCGAAGUAUUGGCGGGGAGCUCGGCGGACCACGCGGCAUCAAGAUCGUAACUUCCAUGUUCUUCUUUUCCCUGUGGCUAAUCUAUCUAAUCAUGUCUGGCUUGGAAGCCUAUGACGUCAUAGAAGGUUUUUGAAAAUUUAGCUCCGACUAAAUCGAUAUGCUUAGAUUGUCGCGAAGACACGUUGCUUGGGGAAUAUGAACUGGUCUCCCAAAAUGUCCUAGCGUCGUAUGAGCCAAGUAUCGAAAUGUUUAAAAAAAAUAUAUUCCUACUAAAAAUAUCCUUCUAAACUAUUUAUUCCUAUAGCAUGCUGUUUCGUCAACUCUCUUUAGUAAUGUUAAGAAUGUGCUUGCAUAUCCGAUUUUUAUUCUGCGGCUGUUGAUUCUUAAAUAACGAAAUUACUUGUCUCUCGUGAAUUCUGCUAGCCCUAUGUUCAGCAGUACACAACAUAGGGUUGACACGUCGUCGAUAAUGACUAAGUAAAAGUAAGUUUUACGCAGUCGCAAUUUAUAAAUCGCAAAUGCGAACACCCUAUUAAUAUUGGUAGCCUUCAAGGCUGUGGUAUUUUAGGCGUAUAUGUAGAUUUAAAUGUGUUAGUAUUUGUAAAUGAAUAUUAAAUAUAUUUGUGAUGACGUAUAUGUUAUUUGUAAGCGACAGCUACACUUGUUUUGAAUCGAAAAUAAACAACGUCCUUAUUCGCGUGGUCAAUUAAAGAAGCAUUCUUCAUUAAUACUAAUUUGAUUUAAUAUUCAAUUUGAAUGCGUACAAAAAAAAACGAUGAUUUAUUUUACUCGUGGUAGGGGGUGUAUUAUGAGUCCUCGAUAUUUCAGUCGCGAAGUCGGUCCGACUUGAAGAGUGGGAGGUCCGUUGUACUACUAUUUAUUAUACAUAACUAAAUCUUCAACCUCACGUCUUAAGUAAAAGUGGGUGGAUAUCGUAUGGAGUUUAUUCACAUCACAUAAUAUAGUAUUGGAACAUCACAAUUCAUUCAAUGAAUAAAACGGUUUCAGAUUUGAAACAGAUAAUAUUUUUUGUAUUAAUUAAUUGCAACUAAACUGAAUUAUUUUGAAAGUUACGACGGGCUCACGGUAAGUUUGGUUAUAAGCGAACCACAAGCCAUCUUAUGGGGUUUGCGACACGCGUUGCGACACCAAUUUGAAGUUUCC